UCCGCGCCGCGAGCCUCCUGAAUAUUACGCGCGGCGGUGGCUUCAUUUUGGAUUGUGUUGACAUCCUUUCAAACAAGCGCAGAAACAAAAAGAGAGCGGAAUAUUCAGAGUGUGUCGCUGAAAUGGAGAGCGGCGCGAAUCAGCUCCAGGUGCUGAAAUUACCUCUGGGAUUUAUCCGUGUGUUGGAGUGGCUAUUUUCCAUUUUUGCCUUUGCGACAUGUGGAGGCUACUGUGGUCAGCUGCGGGUCAGUGUGGACUGCAUGGAGAAGGCCAGCAGCAACCUCAGCAUCGGCAUCGACUUCACUUAUCCUUUCAGGUUGUACCAGGUCUCCUUUGAAGCACCCAUGUGUGAGGGCAUAAGGAGGGAGCGCGUGUCUCUUAUUGGAGACUAUUCAUCCUCUGCAGAGUUCUUUGUCACCAUUGCUGUCUUUGCCUUCCUGUAUUCCCUCACGGCCACUGUUGUCUACAUCUUCUUUCUGAAUAAAUACCGCGAAAACAGCCGAGGCCCGCUCAUUGACUUCGUUGUGACGGUGGUGUUCUCCUUCAUGUGGCUGGUGUGCUCAUCCGCUUGGGCAAAGGCUCUGUCUGACGUGAAAGUGGCCACUGAUCCUGAUGAGGUGCAGCUCCUCAUCCCCGCCUGCAAAGACCAGACCAACAAGUGUGGCACUGUGCAUGGAUCGCGCUGGUCGGGACUCAACACCUCAGUGGUUUUUGGAUUUCUCAACUUUGUGCUUUGGGCAGGAAACAUCUGGUUUGUCUUUAAGGAGACUGGUUGGCAUAAAGGUGCUUCGAGGUUAGCGGGCGUGACAACUGAGAAACAGGGCGGCACCUUCAACGAGCAGCCCUACAACCAGAGAGGCUUCGAGCAGGCAGGGAGCUACAACACCGAGGCUAACAUCGGCCAUGAGUCUGAGUACAGCCAGGUGGGAGGUCCCACCUCAUACUCCAAUCAAAUGUAGCCACGCCUUUUCCUAUCGUCAUCAUCACUUAAUCCCGAUUCCCUGAUGGCGGUGCUGUUUGCUGAAUGUUGUAUUUCCUGUAGUUCUAAAUGCAUUUGUGACAGUGUUUCCCUCUGUGCUUGGUAACUGGCAUUCACUGUUUAGACUGGAUAUCUUCUUUAAAGUGGUUUGCACUCUGUGGCGAAAGCAAAACUACGGCCAUGUUUGUAUCAUUCUUCCAAGUGUUCAAGUGCAUGAUGUUGUGUGUGUGCUCCCGUCGUCUCCCUGACACUAAUAAUACAUACGAGGCUGGGCUGACAACUUCACAGGCUGACUAAGAUCAACCUGUGGUUUCCUUCCAGAUAAACUCACAGUACAUUAGGGGAUGAUGAAUGUGAGCAGGGGAAUUCAAGAGGGGUAGGGAGAACCUUGAAGAUGACCAAGGUAAGCAUCCCCUGAUUAAAAGCACACCAGGCUGGCUCAUGCCACAGGAGAACUUGGCUUGUUUUGAUCCAGAUCCAGCUAAUCUAAUCUAAUCUAAUCUAAUACAGGAUUA